UUCCUUUUUUUUUAAACAGAUGAGAUACACAAGAAAAGUUAGUGUUUGGCCAGUGGGAUUAGUUCAGCCUUUGUCAGUUAGCACCCCUAUCGUUAAAAAUUCUAAAGUAGUUGGAUUCCAUGAUGGACGUAGUCAGGCAAAAAAGUUUGCUAUGAGAUGGACAGGAUUUGCUGUAAAUAUUGAGUUUUUGUUGCAACACUCAAAAACAGUUACUUCCAUGGUCAGAAACUUUGAUGAAGAUUAUUUUCUACAAACCCUAAAUAUUGACUUAGAUGAUUUGGAGGUUAAAGCUAACAACUGUACACAGGUGCUGGCAUGGAACACUAAGACCGUCCAACGGAAAUUCCCAAAAGUAGAACACAUGUACAAAUAUCAUUUGUAUCACCCUGAUUUAAAUCUUCGUUUGCUUUAUCAAAACACAUUGGGAAUAAAUGUGUCUGACUGGAUGCCAACGAAAACAACAAAUAUAACACUGUGAAGUUUGAUAUUUCUUAGACAUAUAACAUGAUUUAUUCU